AUGAGCCGUCGUUAUGGUUGGUUUGAUGAGAUUCGUACCUUCUUUCCAACCAUUUGGCUCAUUUUGGCUCCACUCAUCCUGAGCCCUUUGCUGUUUUUGGGACAGGAAGGAAAAUGUACAUUCGUAAUUUUGACAAUGUCCUGUUAUUGGGUGGCAGAAGUGGUUCCACUGGCUGUAACGUCUUUUAUUCCGAUGAUAGCUCUUCCAUUCCUGGGAAUUGUUGGAAUUAAACAAGUUGCUCCUAAAUAUUUUGCAGAUACAAAUAUCGUAUUUUUCAAUAGUUUGAUGCUAUCACUUGCCGUCGAAGAAUGUCAGCUGCAUAAAAGAAUUGCUCUGAAAAUGUUGACCUAUGUUGGAACAAGGCCACAUUGGUUGAUGGCUGGAUUCAUGAUCAUCACCAGUUUUAUAUCACUUUGGAUCUCGGAUACAGCUUGUUGUGCACUGAUGGCUCCGAUUGCAUAUGCUCUUCUUGAAGAAAUUAUGAUUCCAAAAAUGAGAAAAGUUAAGAAAAUCGAGGAGAUUGAGAAUACAAAAGUGCUAGAAAAUGGAGAAAUCGAAGAACGGAAACUGGACACUUCAAAACUUUCAGCGAGAGAUAGAGGAAUCUGUAAGUGUAUGAUGCUUCUGGUUGCUCAUGCCUCGUUGAUAGGAGGAACGGGAACUAUAAACUCCACUGGACCAAAUCUAAUUUUCAGAGAUAACAUUGAAAAAAACUUCCCAAACGAGGACCAUGGUAUCUCUUAUCUUUCUUGGAUGGCAUUUGCAAUUCCUCCUAUGAUAUUCUACAUGUUCUCUUCUUGGUUCAUUGUUCAAUUACAGUUUUUGGGACCUCGUCACAUGAUAAGUAUGUUCAAAAAACCAACAGAAUCUGAGAAAGAAGAAGAGGACUUUGCAAGAAAAGCUGUAUUGAAAAGUUAUAAUCAGUUGGGACCAAUGACAUGGGCUGAGAAAAGUACUCUUGUCAUUUUCCUUUUGGCAGUUUUGUCCUGGAUUUCAUCAGACCCAAAAGUGAUUCCGGGAUGGUCAGAUUUGUUCAAAAAGGGAUAUGUAACUGAUUCCUGUUCCGGAUUGGUUGCAGUGUUCUUGCUUUUCAUUUGGCCAAAAAACAAGCCGGACUUCAGGAUGUUUAGAAAAGACAAGAACAGACCAUCCGUUCGUCAAGAACCUCUGAUUGAUUGGGAUUGCGUUAGACGUCGCUUCCCUUGGUCAAUUAUUCUUCUUCUGGGAGCUGGAUUUGCUAUUUCAGAAGCAGUGAAAGUUAGUACGGUAAAUUUCUCUUCUCUAGCGGAUAUUUUUAAGGUCAGCGGUCUCUCAACACUCAUUGCCUAUAACUUGAAUAGCACUAUUUCUUCUCUUCCACUUUUUGGAAUGCAAGUGAUUCUUUCCAUUGUGGUUGUUGUGAUGACUGAAUUUUCAACCAACUCUGCAACUGCUUCUAUAUUCAUUCCAAUUUCGUUUACUCUGGCAGAAUCAGUUUGUGCACAUCCCUUAUAUUUUUCAAUUCCAACUGCAAUAGGACCAUCUUUCUCUUUUAUGCUCCCAAUGGCAACACCUGCAAAUGCCAUUGUUUAUGAGACAAAAACUAUACGAAUGAUUGAUAUGGUUUCAUGUGGCGUUCUUCUCAAUAUAUUUUGCAUUGUGAUCACUGUCAUCAACAUGAAUACAUGGGCAUAUUGGUUAUUCAAUAUGGGAACAUAUCCAGAUUAUGCCAUACGACAUGCAACGAAUCUGACGGGAAAUUCAACGCAAUGUUUUUAA